UUGAUCAUACUGUUUCGGCCAAAUCAUCCGGUGAUGCAGAGCAACGACGGCGCCGUCAUGUUCUCGUCCAUCGCGCUGCUGCAGCGGAGGUUCAGGGAGCUGGAGAGGAUCAGGGAGGAGCGGGAGGAGAGGCUCAUCCAGAUGCUCGCCCCCCGCUCCGUCGCCGCCGUCGCCACCGCCGCUUCUGCUCCAAGGGACGCCGCGCCGGUGAAAUGGAUCUUCCACCCGGAGCUGCUGUACCCAUGCAGGCCCCUGCGUGACAUGGCUGCCGCUGCCACCUUACUCCCGGCCGUGCCGGCCGCCACCUCCGACUGUGAAUUCAAAACCUUCCAGCUCCGCAGCGACACGCUCGCUGUGGACCUGUGGCCUAGCAAGGCCUACAAGCGUGUAUCCAGUGAAGUUGACGUCGACACCUCACUGCACCUCUAGAUUAGUAGAUUACUACUUCUGCUACUAAAAAUGCUGUCCUAAGCUGUUAACCUUCCCAGCAUCCACCAGUAUGUGCUGCUCUAGCUGCUUUUUUGGUAGCCUAAUAUGUUUUUCUCCUCUUCUUCGGUUUUGUAACAAGGGGCAGGAGGGUGGUGAGUUGUAAUUAUUUGCCAGUAGUAAGAUUGUGCUGGUUGUUUUCC